AUGUUUAUGAUUCACACCUUCCUCUUCUCCACUGCCCUCUGUCUUAAUUCGUCCACUCCGUGGUCUGCGAUCAUUCAUACGGUCAUCAUCUGGAUUUUCGCUGCUGGCUACGAGCCCAUGAUCCUGGAUAUCUCGCCCUCCGUCGGUGGCACCAGCGACAUAUAUCUUCCAGGAUAUUGGACCUUCCCAGAUAGCGACUUACGCAUCGCUACAACUGCUAUCACGGGUCUUUUCAUUAACCUCAGCAGUAUUUGGAAGUCCAUACGCUCAACCAAUGUAUGUCACUGUACCGAGAUCUAUCGGUGGAGCUGUUUCGAUGCCAACAAUUCGAAGAGCAAUGUUGUCGACAACCUACUACAACCACGCUCAGACAAUACAUCGAAGACCAUCGAUACGCUUUAUGUUGAACUAGUGAACACCAAAGCAUCUCAUCUCCUCGAUAGAUUGGAUAUGCCAGCCACGAUACGAUUGGUCAUGGACAGUAAGUACGAAAGGCAGUUCAAGCAGAAGAAACGUCGAUUGAGAGAUCGAGCGGACGCGAUACAAGCAAUGGAGAACGACUGGGAAACCCAUUCCACGCUACUUUCGAAAGCCAAGAAAAAUUCGACCUGGGUUCACUUUGUUGCUCAGGUCGUAAUAUAUUCGGAAGAGGUCACUUCUAUAGGGUUGUGGUUGGCUGAGGUGGAGGAGGUGAUUAGGAAAGAUCAAGUGGCUGUCGAAGUUCAGCAGUUGGUGCAGGGUUUCCAAAGGGGGACAGAUAAGAUGAUGGAGGCAGAGUCAAGAUGUGCCACCUCAAACGAUAAAGCAGCCCGGCGCAAGAGGGCGAUGGAGUUCGCUUUAGAUCCUACCCGAGGUUUGAAGACGAUGCAGGAUAUAAUUGAUGCGGUGAAAGAAGCUGAGGCUGCGGAAGGUGACGAUGAACAGUCCUUUCUACGAACGUCGGUCACGUUGGCACAGGCGGUUGACGUCGCUCCGAAUCAUCGUACUUCACCUAAGGAGAGCGCUGUCCUCGAAGCCAGAUCCGCAGCGAAAGCGCCGGUAUUAUCAGAUAUCACCAAUUCUGCCAAGGCUGUUCGACCGCAUAUUCCCAUUUACUGCAGCCAUCAACCCUCAUCAGGAAUGCUUUCGAGAUUCACCGAAGGAGUCGGUCGAGCGGAAGCCGGCCGCAAAAUAUUGGGCAGUACAUCGGUUUCGCAUCAUUUUGUUAAGGCUUCCAACGGUCGUAUCAUGGUGGCCGAGAACAACGCCUCUUAUUCUUCUUCGGAGACCCUUCGUACAGACUCCAGCCCCUGA